AUGUCCUUAAGCUCCCUCUCCGGUGGCUCCACAGCCUGCGCUGCCUGCAAAUACCAAAGGAAAAAGUGUACAAAGGACUGUGUUCUUGCUCCUUACUUCCCGCAAGAUCGUCCAAAACAGUUUCUAAACUCUCAUAAACUAUUUGGAGUAAGCAACAUCACCAAGAUGAUCAAGAAGGUUGAUGAAUCUCAACGAGACAUCGCUAUGCAGAACCUUAUCUUCCACGCUAACGCUCGUGCCCUAGAUCCAGUUGGAGGGGUUUACAGGAUUGUGUGUGAUCUCAAGCGCAAGAUCGAGUGCUGUCAAGCUGAGCUUAACUUUACUCUUCAGCAAAUCGCUAUGUUUCGCUCUCUAGCUCAGCAGGAACAAAGGCAAAGGCAAGAUCUUCCCUUCGGAUGCCAUUCCUACGGAGGUCUAUUAGAACAAGGAGACGAAUGCAUUAAUGUCGACGGUUAUGAUUAUCUUCAGAACAUGCAACAAGAGGAGAGAAGAAUCUCUGAUCAGGAACAAAAACAUCUCUUGAGACAGAUACUCAUGUCGCCGUCUACCAAUUAG